AUGUCUCUAACUCAUAUGCAGUCCGGUAUAUCCAUUUCUCCUAUCAUAGUUCCCCGUCCAGAGUUUUCCGUUCAGUGCUCCCAGUCCAGAGUUCUCCGUCCAAAGUUCUCCGUCCAAAGUUCCCCGUCCAGAGUUUUCCGUUCAAAGUUCCCCGUCCAGAGUUUUCCGUUCGGGGUUCCCUGUCCAGAGUUCCCCAUCCAAAUUUCUCCGUUCAAUGUUCCCCCGUCCAAAGUUCUCCGUUCAAAGUUCCCCGUCCAGAGUUUUCCGUUCGGAGUUCCCCGUCCAGAGUUCCCCGUCCAGAGUUCUCCAUUCGGAGUUCCCCGUCCAGAGUUCUACGUUCGGAGUUCCCCGUCCAGAAAUCUCCGUUCACAGUUUCCCGUCCAGAGUGUUCCCCGUCCAAAGUUCUCCGGUCGGAAUUCUCCGUCCAGAGUUCUACGUUCGGAGUUCCCCGUCCAGAUUUCUCCAUUUAAAGUUCCCCGUCCAGAUUUCUCCGUUCAAAGUUCCCCGUCCAGAGUUCUCCGUUCACAGUUCCCCGUCCAGAGGUCUCCGUCCAGAGUUUUCCGUUCAGAGUUCCCCGUCGAAAGUUCUCCGUUCAGAGUUCCCCGUUCACAGUUCCCCGUUCGGAGUUCUCCGACCAGAGUUUUCCGUUCAAAGUUCCCCGUCCAGAGUUUUCCGUUCGGAGUUCUCCGUCCAGAGUUCUACGUUCGGAGUUCCCCGUCCAGAAAUCUCCGUUCACAGUUUCCCGUCCAGAGUACUCCGUUCGGAGUUCUCCGUCUGUAG